AUGACAACAGAAAAUAUUUCUCCAGUGUCUUUAACUUCAAAAAUCCAUCAUCAACCUAAUAAAUUUAAAAAAAACAGUGAAAAUAGUUUACCAACAAAUGCCAGUGAUUGGACAAUUACGUUUUGUAUAAUUGGCUCUGCAUGUUCAAAUAAACGACUUCUAUCUUCACUUGAAGAUCGUUAUGUCUAUGAAUGUAUUAAUGAUGAACAACAAGUAAUUCGUACAUUAACCGAAACAAAAAUUUUAUUAACACAACGACAAUUACGUAUUUAUGUUCUUGAUUCAUUUGAUGAUUGUGUAUUUCAAUAUUUAAAAGAAAAUGAAGAUAUUUAUACAAUUAGUUCGGAACUUGUAUUAUCAUGUGCAGAAAAAAAAAUUGAUAUUCCUGUACCAAGAAGAAAUCGACCUUUAUAUUGUCAACAUUUAUCUUCAGCUGUCAUAUGUUUUGUUGGAAUUCGGAAAGAUACACAUACGGAAUUUAGUGAUUUUGUUCAUUAUCUUGGUGGAUCUGUUCGAAAAGAUUAUAGUGAUCAAGUAACGCAUGUUAUAUCACAUGCAAAUAUUGGUGAAAAAUAUCUCACAGCAUUUAAUAUGGAAAGAAGUGAAAUUCUAACAGAAGAAUGGCUUUUACGUUGUUGGAAUGAACGAAAUAAUCGUCAAUUUAAUCCAUUUGAUUCUGAAUUUAUUCGAAUAUAUCGUGCUAAACCAUUGCAUAAUCUUAAUUUAUUCUUUUUUGGUUUUAAUAAUGAUGAUGAAUUACAACAUUUACAUAUUUUAACCAAUGAACAUGGUGGAUUUAUAACAAAAGAAAUGAAUGACGCAACACAUAUUGUUCUUUCUGAUAUAAAUUUAUUUAUAUCAACUUAUUCAUCGUAUACACGUAAACAUCGACAAUAUAUUGUUCAUAUACAAUGGUUUUGGGAAUGUUUAUGUUUAAUGGGUAAAGCUGAUGAAUCAAUGUACAUAGUUAAUUUAACUGGUAAUCAAACCACAACACCCGAUUCUUCGUUAUUACUACUUUCACCAUCAACACAUGGUGAUAGUCUAUUACAUGAUUCAUCAUUAGAUACAACUGUUAAACGAAAACGUCGACAUAAACAUUCAUAUAUAAGUGAACAAAUUGAUAAUACUUCAAAUUCAAAACGUUUUAAUAGUAGUACUAAUGAGCAUGAAAAUUUAUUAGAUGAUAAUAUUGUUAUAGAAAAACAACAAAACAUUAAAAAAGAUAAUAAAUGUUUAAUUGGAAUGGAAUUAAGAGAAACUGAACGUAAUUAUGUUACAAUGUUAUCCAAUAUUAUUCGUAUUUUCAAGACAGAAAUGGAAAAAGAUGAUCGUCGAAAUGGUCCUAUACUAACAAAAGUUGAAAGUACACAAAUAUUUGGUAAUAUCGAAGAAAUCUAUCAUUUACAUUUAUCUAUUGUUGAACAACUUGAUCGAGCUAUAAAUGAAGAUGAAUGUAUUGGUUCAGUAUUUUUAACUAAUUCUGUUGAACUUUUACGCGUUUAUCAACCAUAUACAAAAUUUUACGAUAAAACAAUUGAAGCAAUUCAUACAUUAGAAAAAACUAAUCCUCGUUUUUAUGCUUAUCUUAAAAUUUGUGAACAUAAAACUGAAUUAGGUAAACAACAUUUAGCUGAUUUAAUGAUACGACCUAUUCAACGUUUACCAAGCAUAUUAUUAUUAUUAGAACGUUUACUUAAAUAUACAUCAAUAACACAUAUUGAUUAUCAAUUAUUAAUUGAUUCAUUAGAUAAAUUACGUGAAAUAGCAAAAAAAUUAAAUGAAGAAAGAGGAAAAACAGAAAAACAUUUAUCAAUGUUUAAUAUUGUUAAUAGUAUUGAUAAUUGUCCACCAGAAUUACUUGCUGCACAUCGUAAUUAUAUAGAACAAUUUCAUGUUAUUGAACUUUCACAAGAAUUAACAACAACACGAACACAUUUAUCUCUUUUUCUUUUCUCUGAUUGUCUUGAAGUAACAAAAUUACGUGUUAAUAUGUGGAAAACGUCCGGUAUGAAAACAUAUAAACAUAUGGCACUUAUUCAAUUAAGUGAUAUUCGAAGUUUGUUUGAUAUCAAUCCAUCGUCAUUAAGAAUUGAUGAAACUGAACAAUUUGGAAUACUUUGUUCAAUUGAUGAGCAACCACGUCAACUUAUAUUUCGUGUUAUUAAUGGAAAUACAAAUACUAGUAGUAAUAGUUCAAAAUCUUAUUUUACUGAUUCAAUAUCUUCAUCAUCAUCGAUUUCAACACUAUCGAAUAGUAUUCAUCAUGGACAUAAUAAAACUGAUGUACUUUAUCAUUUGUCUAAAGCCAUUUCAGAUGAUCGGUGUUUACUUGAUAAAUCUUCACUUAUUCAAACAGUUACUAAUUCGACUAAUAAUUAUCAUAUAUAUUGUUCUCAAACAUCCCUUGAAAAUUCAGAAAUUGAUUCAGGUUUACGUUCAACUAGUAGUCUGAAUUUAUUAGGUUUAGCACUUAAACGUGGUCUUCAUAAAGCAAAUAAACGUUUAAGUCGAGCUUUUUCAUUCAGUCCAGAACCUAAUAAACAUUUAUCGAAAAAAACUAAUAGUCCAAUUCAUUUAUUACAAGAUGAAUGGUCGAAUACGUUCGAUUCAAAUAAACGAAUGAGUAUAUCAUCAAGACAAAUAAUGGCAACAGCAGAUGAUACAAACGAUAUUAAUUUACAAAAUUUAAAAGUCGAAGAUUCGACUACUCCAAAACCGGAAACAACUGGUGAUGCGACAUCUACAGACAAAGCAGCUAAACCAAAAAAAGAAAAACCAAAGCAAGAAAAGCCUAAACAAGAAAAACCGAAACAAGAAAAAACAAAACAGGAAAAAUCUCAGGCUACUGCAGAAGCAUCCGUAGAAGAACUUGAUUUUGAUCGUUCUCCUGAAGAAGUUGUACAAGCUUUGGAUCAAUGGUCAAAGCAACCAUCAACAUUAAAUAAACCAAAACCUGAUGAAAAGAUAAUACCAAAGCCUAAUGUUCGAAAUAUUAUGAUAACAAGUGCUUUACCUUAUGUCAACAAUGUACCUCAUUUAGGUAAUCUUAUUGGAUCUUUAUUAAGUGCUGAUGUUUUUGCUCGGUAUUGUCGCUUGAGAAAUUACAAUACUUUGUGUAUUUGUGGUACUGAUGAGUAUGGUACAGCAACUGAAACAAAAGCAUUAGAAGAAAAAUGUACACCACGUGAAAUUUGUGAUAAAUAUUAUGAUUUACAUACAAAAAUUUAUAAAUGGUUUCAAUUAGAGUUUGAUUUCUUUGGACGAACAUCAACACAAAAACAAACUGAAAUUGCUCAAGAUAUUUUUUGGAAAUUACAUAAACGAAAUCUUAUUUUUAAUCAAAGCGUUGAACAGUUAUAUUGUGAUACUUGUCAACGUUUUCUGGCAGAUCGUUAUGUAGCUGGUAUAUGUCCAAAUCCAGCAUGCAAAUUCGUUGAUGCUCGUGGUGAUCAAUGUGAUAAAUGUGGAAAAUUAAUUAAUGCUGUUGAACUUAUUCAGCCCAAAUGUCAAAUUUGUCGUAAUGCACCACAAAUUAGAAAAUCGGAACAUCUGUUUCUUGAUUUACCAAAAUUAUCACCCGAUGUUCAAUCAUGGUUUCAAAAAUCAAGUACAACUGGUCAUUGGACAAAUACAGCAAGUACAAUUACUGAAGCUUGGCUUAAUGAAGGUCUUAAACCACGUUGUAUUACAAGAGAUCUUAAAUGGGGAACACCAGUACCUUUAGAAGGCUAUACAGAUAAAGUUUUUUAUGUAUGGUUUGAUGCACCAAUUGGUUAUAUAUCAAUAGCAGCAAAUUAUACUGAUGAUUGGGAAAAAUGGUGGAAACAACCAGAUAAAGUUGAAUUAUUUCAAUUUAUGGCUAAAGAUAAUGUACCAUUUCAUUCUGUUAUCUUUCCAGCUUGUCUUUUGGGAACACAAGAUAAUUAUACAACUGUUAAUCAUCUUUCUGGCAUAGAUUAUCUUAAUUAUGAAGAUGCAAAAUUUUCUAAAAGUCGUGGUAUUGGUGUAUUUGGUGAUCAUGCUCAACAUACAGAAAUUCCUUCGGAUAUUUGGAGAUUUUAUCUUUUAUAUGUUCGGCCAGAAACACAAGAUAGUGUAUUCUCAUGGGCUGAUUUAAUGUCAAAAAAUAAUUCUGAAUUAUUGAAUAAUCUUGGCAAUUUUGUGAAUCGGGCCAUUCCUUUUUGUGAAAACAACUUCGCUGGUAAAAUUGGUGAUGUUAAUCAAUUAGAAACACAAUUGGAUCAAUUAUUUGUUGCUCAAAUAACUCAUGAAUUAAAUGCUUAUUUAGAAGCCAUGGAAAAAACAAGACUUCGUGAUGGUCUUAAAUGUGUUUUACGUAUGUCUCGUUAUGGUAAUCAAUAUUUACAAUUAAAACAACCAUGGAAAAAAUGCAAAGGUUCUGAUGCUGAUAGACGAGAUGCUGAAAUAAGUAUUACUCUUGCAUUAAAUCUUGUGUAUUUACUUUCAUUGGUGUUACAACCAUUUAUGCCAACAACAUCGGAUGAAAUUCUACAACAACUUAAUAUUAAGGAAAAUGUUUAUGCAUUAGAGAAUGCUUUUCGUUGUUAUUUACCAGCUGGUCAUACAGUUGGACAAGCUCGGCCAUUAUUUAAACGUAUUGAAAAGCCUUUGGUAGAUGAAUAUCGUUUACGUUUUGCUGGUCAUCAGAAAUGA